GUUUAUUCUUUCUCCGUUUCUCUCUCUAGAAAAAAAGAAAAUAGACUGCCGUUUCUCUCACUAAGAUUUCGAUCUGACAGAUUCCCUAAUCUCAUUGUCUGAAAUCAGCGAACGCCACAACCAUUCAGUCUCCGACAAGCUGAGCCAUUCCUUCCAAUCUAUGUGUGGUUGUGAAUCCACUCGCUCUGCAUGCAUAUACGGAGCAGGAUAAAUGCACGUCGCCGGGGAUCUAGGGUUUUCUAGCUUAGUCCUUGUGUUCUGUCUGGUUUUUCCGGUGAUCGGCCUCGUAAUUCGCCGUAAAUGGCGGUUUGCCUCAGCCAGGCAGGAGGAGAUCAAGAGACUUCUGAUUUUGGCGUCGACGGAGGCCAGAAGAGCCGAGGAGGAGGCCUUUGCUUCGUACGGCGUCCUCCCACCUCCUUCUACGAAUUAUCAGUGUGCUGUUUGCCUUUCACCCACCACUACGCGGUGUGCUCGCUGUAAAGCCGUUCGAUACUGUUCUGGAAAGUGUCAAAUUGUUCACUGGCGACAAGGUCACAAGGAAGAAUGUCGUCCUCCUGGUGCUACUUGCAGGAUUAACAAUGGGGGAAAUGAUGGUGAUCAGAAGGUUACUUCAGACCAACAUGAGUCAUUUGGUGAAAGAUUUGAGAUGGAAUACCAUGAAUGCUCAAAACCUAUUGAAAAUGGUUACGGGGAAUCUGCAUUUUCCGGUUCAAGUUACUCUCCUGAAGUGUUACGUAGCAAGGACGAGGACAUUAAGGUUGAGUUUGAUGCUGUUGGUAUCGCAACAGAUUUGACUUCUGAAUCAUCUUCUACAUCAUUUUCUGGAUUUUCUGCUACAUCUAGUAGCAAUGAAUCAUCUGAUGAUCUCUCUGUUAGUGAGAAUGUUAGCUUAAAUGAAAACGAGGGAUCAACUGGAUAUCUGUCUGCUGAGACUUCUCAUGCAAUCAAGGUGGAUCAGACUGAGUUUUUAUCUUCGAAUUUCACCAAUUUAGUUGAGUCGGUAGAUAGUUUUAAUAAAUUAGGUAAAUUAAAUAACAAUAAAUCUAGCUCCGGCAAUAGAGGCAGCCCGCAUGCCUCAAAUAAGUCAUCAGUUUUGAGUCAAACUCCCACAUCUGAGAAUUCAAAUGCCAAGCCCUCUAAGAUAUCUGCUGGUUUCUGGGGAAGAGCGCUAGACACAAAUAGGUCUCCAAGCCAGGCUUUCUCUGACACUGCUGUAUCCAGUUCCAACAGAGCUGGUCGAGGAGUUUUAUCUGAUUCUGAGUCUUUGGCACCCUUUUCAUUCAACUUUUCGGGAGAUAAUCUACAUUUGCAGACAGAAUAUUCUGUGGAGAAAGAUGUUGGAACCGGUGAUGUUCUUCCAGCCUCCUGCGCAAUCAAUAAACCUGCAGAUACUGCAGCCACUUCAGAAAAUGCUGGUGUUGAUAACCCAAAGGUCGUGAAUUCCUCUUCCUCAAAUUGUGGAAGAUCUAAAGAUGCAGUUAAUGACUUCAGCCAUGAUUCAGAUGUGCCCAAGUCCAGAGAAGUUGAAUCUGUAUUUUUGUCAUCUCAUAAAAAUCGAUCCUCUACUGCUCUGGAGGAUUCAUUUACUAAGGAUACUUCAAAAGUUAGUAGAUUGCAAUCGCCUGGCUCUGCAAGGACAAAUCUCCAUGUUGAUGACACUGGUCUUACUUCACAUCGUCCCAAGUCAGGAGAAGUAGAAAGAUUGACCAGUGUUUCUCAAGCUAAUUUAGUGUCUACUGGCGAUGGGCAUUCUCUUGCCAGUGUGAAAUAUGAAAAUUUCAAUGGAGUUCAGACUGUUGCAUCUUCUCAGGUUACAAGUUUUCCAAAUCCUAGGAUUGGUUUAAAAACAUCUAUGCUGAAGGUUGUGGAUCAGCUUAGAGGAUCUAAAUUGUCAAAACAUCUUUCUUUAGGGAUUGGGGGUGAAGGCGCUGAAAAAUAUGGUGACAAGGGGUUCUUCUCGUAUGAAUUAUUUGUGAAGCUUUAUACUUGGAACAAGAUGGAACUGCGACCAUGUGGCCUCGUCAACUGUGGAAACAGCUGUUAUGCCAAUACUGUGCUGCAAUGUUUGGUGUUCACUCCUCCUUUGACUGCUUAUUUUCUGCAAGGGCUCCAUUCUAAUGCCUGUGGAAAGAAAGGGUGGUGCUUCACUUGUGAGUUUGAAAGUCUAAUACAGAAGGCAAAGGAAGGGAAAUCCCCAUUAUCUCCAAUAGGUAUUCUAUCUAAACUACAGAACAUUGGAAGUCAGCUUGGUAAUGGCAAAGAGGAAGAUGCACAUGAGUUUCUUAGGUAUGCCAUUGAUGCUAUGCAAUCUGUGUGCCUCUUGGAAGCUGGGGUAGAUGCAUCAGGCUCUCCAGAAGAAGAAACAACUCUUAUAGGCCUUACAUUUGGAGGCUGCCUUCGGUCAAAGAUAAGAUGUGCAAGAUGCCAAGGUAAGUCGGAGCGACAUGAAAGGAUGAUGGAUCUUACAGUAGAAAUAGAGGGGGAUAUACAAACCUUAGAAGAGGCACUUCGACGAUUUACAGCUACUGAGAUUUUGGAAGGAGAUAACAAAUACCAAUGCAGCAGAUGUAAGUCCUAUGAGAAGGCCAAAAAGAAGUUGACAAUACUAGAGGCUCCUAAUGUUCUGACUAUAGCUUUGAAGCGAUUUCAGUCAGGUAAAUUUGGAAAGCUUAACAAGGCAAUUCGGUUCCCGGAGAUUCUUGACUUGGCACCAUAUAUGAGUGGGACAAGUGAUAAAUCACCUGUAUACAAGCUUUUUGGAGUGGUGGUUCACCUGGAUAUCAUGAAUGCUGCAUUUUCUGGGCAUUACGUGUGCUACAUCAAAACUGUUCAAAACAAAUGGUUCAAGAUUGAUGACAGCACUGUGACACCUGUAGAACUCGAGAGAGUGUUAACAAAAGGAGCAUACAUGCUACUUUACGCAAGGUGCUCCCCGAGGGCCCCAAAAUUGAUUAGGAACAGAAUGAUACCUUCUGAUGCAAAGAUCAAAACCAUUCCUUCCAUGGUGAAUGGAAAAAAUGCUAUUGCAAAGUCUACUCCUCGAGAUAAUCUAGCCAACUACGAAUCUUUCUAUAUGAAGUUCCACCGUAUACAAAGGAUUUUAGAAGAGGAUUCUUCAAGUGAUGGUUAUUCUUUCACUAGCAGCAACUCUGAUGAAGGUUCCUGCAGUACUGAUAGCAACCGGGAUUCUACCAGCACGGAUGACUUUUCUGAUUUCAUAUUUGGUGAUUCAGGACGUGUUUGGAGCAACUCUGAUACUUCAUCUUUGUCUUCCUCGUCCUCUCCAUCUCCUACGUACUUGAGACGUUCACAAAUAACUGAUCCUGAACACUGUGCUGCAGGACCCCCAGAAACAAGUGGGUCUCGAGCAUAUUGUGCUGAUUCAGCCAUGAAUCAUGAUGGUUCGGAUAGACGACCUAAUGGUAGCGGCAGGCCGGUGGAUUUGGAAGGCCAGGAAAGUCGUAUCUUUUUGCAUUCCGACUCUACUACACAGUGUAGAAAGUCAGUCAGUAGAGGUAGCAGUAGCUUUAGGGAGACCGACUUGGAGAUAUUAGGACGGAAUGCCCCUUUCAAUGAUGUAAAGUCCGGUGUAUUUAGAGGAAGAACAAGUUAAACGUAUAUUUAUAUUGAAGUUUUUUUUGAGUUAAGAGGGGAUAAAUAAGAAGGUCGAGGAGGGGUUUGUAUGUAAUGUACUAUGGUAGCUAGCUUAUUUUAGAAAAAUUAGCCAUCACCGUUCUGUUA